UAGCAAAUAAAUCCGCGGAAAUACAGACAAACACUCCCUGGUCUUACUGGUCUUACCAAGACUCCGGUCUGAGCACGGUCCUUGGCUGUAGCUGUUAUGGAAAUCCGCCAAGCUACUAUUUUACCUGACAAAGGCUACACUUUAUUAGCAGUCAGAUCCGGUGCUUGCCAGUGUUUGCCAAGGCAUAUUACGAUAUUGGAUAUCACGGUGGCUGAGAUAGUGGUAUUGAUUGCUCUAAUCUUUGUUUUAGCGAGUUAGCCAAGGGCGUGGAUCGAGCGUUCUUCAGGAGGUGUAUUUGCUGUGCGAGCUU